CAACUUCGCUCCGUUCCGGUUACCACGAUGAUUCGUUUGGAAAAUAUGUGCCUAGCCAGUGCGUUGAACAUAUAAACAAAUACAAAGGAACUUUAAAAUCGCAUUCAAUGCGCUGACUUCGCAGUGCUAAUUACGCGAACAAUAAACAUUUCCAGUCGCCAAGUCAAAAAUCCAGGCUGUCCACCCUUUUUUUGGAGUCUCAGUGGAGCUGCAUUGCCGUCUCGCUCGCACACGGCUUGGCAAUCGAUAAGCCUAACAGCGGGGCUGUCCACUUGCUAACAGCUGUUAACUCUAGCUGUUAGCUUUCGGCGGCGAGUGCUUGAAGAGUGAAAUUGGAACGCUGGCCGAAACCCGUUAAUCUCCGAUGAGACGACACAUUCGGGGGAAGGAAAAUUCAUAAAUGAAAGCUUCUAAUUGCCCGAGAAUGACAAACGCGAAAAGAAAUCAUCGCGAGCGAACAAAAGCGAAGCCAACUUUUUAGGCAGCCCGACGGCAGCAGUAGCGAAAGCCACGAAAAUUGAGCCACCAAAGCUUCGGCGAUGCUGUUGAUGCCCACAUCCUGUGGACCGGGUCCACCCACCGACCACGGCCCCAUGUCCUUGCCCAAUUCCUACCCCUCCUGCCCCAAACGCGCCCGCAUCCCCACGCGAGCGGCAGAUGAUGAUGAACCGGUCCGGCGGUCAGGCACCCUAACCCAAAGGCAAAGUUCGGGGUCGGGCAUUCCCCAAUGGCUGCUAAUCCUCAUAGGACUCCUCGCCAUUCUCGCCCAGACACCAGGCAGCCAGGUGGCCGCCGAGAAGAGUAAACACUAUUAUAUGCAAUCGCUGUGCAAGAACCACUUCCUCCAGCAACUGUAUCGGAAGAUCGAUGGAGCGGUUCUCUGGUCACAGAACGAGCGGAAUCUGGACUGCAUCAUCACCUUCCAGACGCACUCGGUGCUGCAGCGCUUCAUGCUCCGCUUUGAUAUGCUGCAGUUGGAUUGCAAUGAUCACCUGCUGGUUUACGAUGGCGCCCACGCCGUCGCCACGCCCAAGAUUGACAUCUCCUGUCGGAACACAAAGAACACCGUCAACGCGCUCCUGACGCGCACGAACUUUGUGACACUGAAGUACGUGACCGAUGGCUGGGGAACGGAUGCGAACGGCUUCAAGUUGGUGAUUACGUCGGUGAAGGAUCCCAAGCACACCUGCAAGGAUUUCACAUGCGCCACCCGCGAGUUCUGCAUCCAUCCCGAUCUCCUCUGCGAUGGCAUCAACCACUGCGGCGACAACUCCGACGAAUCCGUGCAGAAUCUGUGCCAGAAUGAGACGAGCAGCACGGUUUUCGGCCUGGACAUGACCUGGUUCGUCCUCAUUGUCGUGGGUGUCCUGCUCGUCCUGAGUGCCCUCAUCGUGGCAGUGGCCAUUUGUGUGUGCCGGCGCCAGGAUGAGAAUGCCGCCAACCAGAACACCGCGCUCCAAGUGCACCAUACGGCCGACACGAACGGGUCGUCGAAACAUCUGCACUACCACGGCAUCAGUGUCGGCGGGACACUGACGCGGGAGCACACCCAACUGCCGACGUCGGGAAACUGGCAUCACCCUGCGGGACCAUCCGGGUACCACCGCACUCCACACAACUACUUGAAGAUGGCCACCAAAGUCCGUCCCAUUUGGUGCUUGGCAAAUUCCGUCAAUUAGGUCAAGAUCUUUCCCACAAUAUCGCCGGGCUCAGCCAGACGAAUAUCGCCGGAACUGGACAUCCCAAUGCCAACGCCGUCGGCGCUGCGCAGAAGGACGAGUGGUUCGUCUAGGGCCAGGCAACACUGUGGAAGGACCGAUUGACUUGAGCACAAUAAUCUGUACUUUAUUAAGUAAAUUUAUGGAUAUUUGCAGAGCAUUAAAUGAAGACUGUAAGACUAUAAUUAACAACAAUUAGUGUGGACAUCACCGCGCAGGGUGUAUUAUAUAGAGAUCUCUACUCGUACCCAAGCAGAAUCUCGAACGCAUUGGGCAGAACCUGCCAGUUCUGUCGGAUAACCAAUGCACUUGUAAAUAGUUUAUAAAUAUAUCAUUUUGAUUUAGCUGAUCAAUACAACAACAAGUUGGCUACACAAGAUCCCACAAUCCAAAUAUCCUCGAAAACGAUAUGUAAUACAGAAGAUUUCCUGCCCCUCAAUCAUAAUUUUGUGCAAGUAUGUUGGCAUUUAUUUAGAGAAUUACAUAUGUUUGUUUAGAUGGCAAUUAGAUUUGAAUUAAUGCUCUUCGAUUAAACACUUGUGUUAGUUGGCAUAGCACGGAUUAAGAUAACCCAAAGUAAUUGUAUAACGAGUCAGAUGUAGUCGCCGAUUCAGAGAGGUAAACUCACAUUUGAGCGAAACAAUCGUAAGCAUUUAAUUUAAUUGUGAACAGAAACCGAAAGAAGUAUUAAAGCUCAACAAGGAUAACCGAUAACUGUCAUUAAUAUACAACUUCCGAAUCUUACAAAUUUGAGAUGCACAACUGGCAGUGCUGUUGGCCAGGGCGUUUUUACAAAACUUAAGCUGAACUCUAAUCACAAAAUGGACACAAGAAGAUCAACAAAAACAAGGGAUGUACAUAAGUAGUCGACAAUAUACUUACCAAAAUAAUAAUAAAUGGAAACUUCGAACGCAACUGUCAUCAUCUAUACAAUUUCACCUACCACUCACCAUUGUCGUCCACUUGGAAGUCUGCACUUGCCCGAUGAUCAGCAUCGGAUCAACUGGGGAUCAUCCAGAAUCUCCGAUAGAAGCAAACAUUUCACCGAGGGACUCAUUCCUCAUCAAAGAACCGAGAAAACAAACCAAUGCUAAACGGAAAUAUUCUGAGACAUUAAGGACAAUACAGUGAAAUCUUUUGCUUUUGAUACAACCAAAUUGAGAAGGUGUCGCGGCAUGCAUUUUAACCUACUGAAGAAGUGUCCGAAAUACAAUUUUCUACAAUCAACCAAAUGGAAUUCUACACAAAAUUGAACAAACUAAAAAAAAAACACCAUAAACAGAGUUGAAACAUUUUGCUACAAAAUCGAAUGAUAACGAUCAUAUUAUUAUUAUUAUUAUUGACGACGAUGUGUGUGAGGAAACAUGUUAUGUACGAGUAACUUGAGAAAAAACCAAACUAAAAUGCUUCAAAACGAUUGUAGUACUUCCCGCCGUUAAUAUUUUUUUAAUAUAUCGUACAUACUACAAAUACAGAUGCAAGUCUUAAUAAUAAUACUUAAACUAAGAAGCAAUAAGUAAGAAUUUUCCGCUGCUAAAGUUCGUCUUUCAAAAUACUUCCAUAGGUCGGGUUAAUUUAAACGUUUAACAGUUUUGUGGCUCCCAAAAUUUUCAUUUCCUAGAUAAUAAACGAAAUUCAACAAUAUUUGAUCCUUUGCUAAGCCAGAAACCAGAAUAUCAAAUUAAGUAAAUAACUUAAAAUAAAAAAUGAAGAGAGGAGAGCGUUAGGUAUACGUUCAACCUGAUCAAUGCGAUUAAGUCAAAUUAAAUUAGUUUUGUACUUAGCAGUAACGGAACACCCGAAAACUAAAUUAACUAAUUAACUUCUAGGCAUAAAUUGCGCUGAAUUUAUAUAAUUUUAUUUCACCCUCCUUUGGACCCUUCUUUAGUUUGACAAACUACAAGCGUCUUAUACUAUAUCAUAAAUUAUAGGAAAAUGGUAUUAUGAUAAAUUGAAUUUUUAACCAAAAUUAUAAGCAAAUUGUAUUAGGCGUCAAAUUUUAGAAGAGAAUGAAAACCAUUGAAUAGAAGAUAUAUAUGUUAUGUGUAUGGGCUAAAAUCGCAUUCAUGCAUGGCAACAAAUGAAUCUUAAUUACUUAAAAACGAUGAUAAUAAAUGAUACUAAUUAAUAACUGAA